UCCGUUGUUAUUGAGUCACAUGACCAAACAUGUCCUCAACGUGGCUCCGUCCACUCGUGUUGAAUCCAUGUUGAUGAGACCCCAUUGUCGCUAGAGACGGUCAGAUCGGGAGGGACAGUUUACGUGGACGCUGACCGAUAUACCACCAUACAUUCGAAAGGAAUCACCCAGUUCGAUCUUCGGAUCAAACGGUUUGUAGGAGAGAAGGAUCGUGUGACGUAUCCUAGCAACAACAUGGCGACUAUCCGCUAUAAGUCCUUACCGUUAUGGGCGAUAUACACCAUCAUAGCAGUUUUUGUUAUUUUCUUUAUUUGGUACCUUCGAUCUCCCAAACUGGAAGUGACAGAUCAAAUGCGUUCUGGAAGUGAGCUGACUAGUAAACAUUUCAAUGUGAAGAAAAUUCCACAAACAAAGGAUCCGGCGUUUGACUAUAUGAACGCGAUGGAGACUAUGAAUGAGCAGCAGAUAGCCAUGGAUAACGUGAAGCUAGUCGAACUUAUCCGAAAUUACUUCAUACAUGUUCCGUCCGAUGAUGAUACUUAUAAUCUGGAGGAACCUACAAAUCUCCGGUUCUCUGCUGGACAGACAUCGUAUGUGGAUCAGCGACUUCGUGCAAAGGAAAAACAGUUUUAUGUGGAGACCAGAGCAUUCUCGGGAGAGGGUGAAUCGUGUACACUGUUCUUCGAGCGGACUCGUCAGUGGACAGGACUGCUGGUUGAGCCAGAUCCAGUCAAGUUUGAAGCACUGAAGAGUAAAAACCGGAAAGCUUACCUACUCAAUGCUUGUAUCAAUGACAAAACUUAUCCUACAAAGAUGAAGAUGUUUAGGCCAGACGGAUCCGACAUAAGUAAACCCGGAACAGAGAGUUACUCAACACAGUGCUUUCCCCUCUACUCCGUCCUUUUGGCACUUGAACAGAAGGAAGUCACUCUCCUUAGCUUAAACUUUUAUGAACUUGGCAGUCCAAGUCAGAGUGAGGUUGAUAUGUUGAUGGCACUUCCAUUUGAGAAGCUAAACAUUUCCUUUGUAGCAAUACGCACCUUAUACUCCAACAAAGCGCGCCAAGGACCAUUGGAAUGGACAAUGGAUCAGAAAGGAUUUGAUUCGCAGGGUCGUCUACGAACAGACGACCAAUGGGUUAAUGAUUUGGUAUUUCUCAACAAAAAAAGCAAACUGCCACCCACGCCUUUCUGGACUACAACAAAUAUUAUUCGUGCUGUGAUUAUGUUUAUAAUAAUAUAUGCUGUAGCUAAUGUUCUAGCCUACAAGUAUCUGUUCCCUAGACUUCAUCUGUACAAAUUAGCACAUGACUUGGUGUGAAGUUGGCAGAUUUAUAAAAAUUUAACAUGGUUGUUCAAGAUGCAAGAUCAAUGCAGAAGCAAUGCCAGUGAGAUUUGUAUUCUACAGGAGUGAGGAGAUGUGUGUUCACCACUCAGACCAGCUAUAGAUGUCUGCCCAUCACACAUGUACAGCAUACCUGCAGAUGUAGGAACAGAAAAUGAAUACAUAUCACAUCUCUUGUGGCUCACUGCAUGUGCCUGAGGCAAGUUAUGAAGAAACCCUCCUGUAGAAUUUGGGAUUUCAUUUCCUUAUGAAAAAAAGACACCAAAAUUUCACUCAUACUUCAAAGGUUGCCUGUGGUUGCUAGGGAAAAGACAAAGCUGUCUUACCUGGGUAGGUAAAGAAGCAGCCAACAUGAACAAUGAUGCCAUAAUAAUGAUUUGUUGACAUGUUGUAAUUGUAUUGUUUUGUCACAUCCUAGGAUUAUCGUGAAUCAAGAAUCAACCCUAGGAUUUUUGUUUUUUGGUAAAUUACAUAUUUUUUUAUUUUUAAAAUGAUGAGUAUGUGAGAAUAAUAACAAAACAAGGCUCUUGUGGAUAGGGAUAUCUCAACUCUCAGGUAAGAAUUUGGCUGGACAAUACUCGGCAAGCUUGCGGACCAAAUUCUUACAUUCGUUUUGAGAUAUCCCUGCCGAUGGAACAGGCCAAUUUAAAAUCAUUUUAGCUGAUCUGCUACACCCAUUGUUUAAUUUGCAACAAUUGGGUAUGUAUUUUCUCUCCUAACUUUUAUCCAUCCUUUUGCCUGGCAGCAACCCUUUGUUUUUGGCCUCAGGGUUGAGUGACUACCCAGGCGAGGAGGUCAUGGGUUCUGUCAUUUGACUGAGACAAACCAAAGUCUAUAAAUAUGGUACUAAUUGCUACUCUGUCUUUGGUAAUCAGCAUUGGAAGUGGGGGUUGAGUAUGAUGUCAUACUACAGUGUCCAGGUAUGACAUUUCAGUGUGUGGCACUAUAAAAGCCUCAUUGAGUGGCCCCAUUACUCAUGGACACUGUCUUCAUUUCAUACUUAUGACCUUAAAAUCCAAAACAAUUAAGCAUAUGUCUUGUAAACUGUUUACAAGUCUUGCCAAGGAAGGGAGGGAGGGGGGAUCUUUAACAGGGUGACUUCGGAGUAUCACUGAAGCCCUGUGUUAAUGCAGCUAUGGAGUCUGCAUCAACUCAGGGCCGCAGUGGCCAAGUGGUUAAGGUGUACCGACACUUUGUCAAUAGCCCUUCACCCCUGGGUCACGAGUUUGAAAUCCACAUUGGGCAGUUGCCUGGUAUUGACCGUAGGCCAGUUAUUCUCCACCUCCAAACCUGCCAUGUCCUUAACCCUUUCACCCCUACUGACCAUAUUGAACUUCAAUUUAUGAAAGAAUGGCAGAGUCCACUAAAGUUUCUUAGGGUUGAAAGGGUUAAAUGACAUAAGGAAGGAUUUCUUUAAUUAAUUGACCACAGCUUUUAAUAAGAUGUUUAAACAUUACAAACCAAAACUCUCCAAAAUCACCUUGCUGUACAAUUUCAUUUUAGAACAGUGCAAUUUUAUUGAUGUUUGUUUUUAUAGCUCAAAGAUUAUGUUAUGACAGAACCAGCACAGGGGCAUUGCACAAAUUCCAGACCCACAAUCCAUAUACAUUAGAGUUUGGAAUUUGUGCAAAUUAAGUCUCUGAUCUCGAGUAUAGAUCAAUCUAGAUCUGAUUACAUUAAAGAUUCUAUUCUCAAUUAAAAUUGUUAACAUCAGUUUUUGUUCAAUUAAUUUACUCUCAUUGCUUAAAUAUGUUUUAGUUACUUGUAAAUUGUAAAUAUGAUUUUUUUUAAUGGACAUGUUUUUUAAGUUGUGUUGAGAAAUGCCUUGAUAUUAGAAAACUUCUGUGACAUUUUUUGAUUUUGUUUCAUGUUUUCACAUAGCAAUAUUGUAAAUGAUCAUAUUCCCACAGGUAAAAGACAUAAAAUCUUUACACAAGUGUCCAGCUCAGCAAAUAAUAUAUACUGUUUCUACUAGAUCGUAUUAGUCAUUCCAAUUUAUGCAAAUGUGUAUAUGAUCAUUUUUAAACUCCUGUCAAAAUUUGUCGGGAUUAUUAUGUCUUUCUGGCAAAAACUUUUGAUUGUCUGGAGAUCUUCUCCAACUUUUUUCGAAAGAUGUCGUUGAAUCUAUGUAGGGAUUAUUGCCACAAUACAAUGUACGUAGACACAUUUUUCUGAGCGACAUUUUGAUUCAGCUAUUUUUUGUAAAAGUAAUUGCUUUUUGUUUAUUUCAAUGUUUGAUUUUAUCUAGAGAUCUUCUAAUUCCAGUUUUGAACAGAUUGGUAUGAUGUUGGUAUAUAUACCAGUAGUAGUAUGUGUUUUCCUGGGUGGUAUUUUGAUUUGACUAUGUUUCCAAAAGUUAAUACAUUGUACCUUAUAUUACUGUAUUUAACUUAAUAAACACACUGUAUACUUACAAAAACACCAAAGGGUUGCACUUGAUAAAACAACAUAAUGUACAUCAGUUUCUGUGUGAAAUCUCCGGGUCGGGAAAAAUAACCUUAUUUUUUUCACCUACAUAUCUUUAUGUACUAAAACCAUCCGUCCAACCAGUCUUUGGUUAAAAGACUGAAGAUAAGAUUUCAUUAAUGGCUAGAUCAGUGAGGUAAAUCUUAAUUAGUGCAUCCAUCAUCUUUACCCGAAAAAAUGCGGGGAGGGAGAGGUGCGUUUAUUGGGUCGAAUAUGGUACAUGUUUAUUUCAGUAUUUGAUUCGUUUUUUAUCUUUUCUUUAGAUCCUUAUUCUCUGUUUUUAUUCAAUUUCUUUCAAACAUUGUAAAUUUUCUUAUGACAUGAAAUUGUACUUUUUCAGUUGAUUAGAUUCUGUUAAGACAUUUAAUUUUUCAUUUUAAUUUUAUUAUUCAUUUUGAAAUUUUGACAAAUGAUGCAUUUCUUUUUUUGGCAUAGAACCAUGUAUAUUGUUCCGUCCUGUAGUACCCUUGUUAAAAGUAUGUUUAAACAGUAUUGGUAUUCAAGGUGCCAUAAAUUCACAAAGUGGCCUUCAUUCAUUAGUGAAUUACCUGUGAAAUAUGUUGACAUCAAAUUGAAACAAUAAUGAUGCUGAUCCUGUAAUCAGUAGAGUGUGACCAAAUGGACAUGUCCACUUACAGUAUCCAGGGUGUAUUUCAAUGGGACAAUAUUACAUGAAAGUUGUUUCUCGACUUUCUCUAUCGUUCAUACAUUUUUAAUAUAACUGGUCAACAAAAUAAAAACACUGCAAAAUUCAACUCUAUAUUGUAAGUGAAAUUUAGUUGUGAAUGAUAAUUACAUUGAAUAUACUCAUUUUUUCUGCACACUUGCAAAUUGAAUGAAGGAGUUUGGAAUGAAGAUUCUUUAAACAUAUUUUUCAAUAAAGUCUUAAGAAACAA